UUUCGUGUGUAAACACACUAAAUCAGUUUCUGUACGCCAUCUUUCGAUACAUAGUAUAAAUCUAAUAAAUCUGACUUUUAAACAAUAAUUUCUGCUCUGAACAUAAUUGUUCUUGAAUUUAACAUACACAAUGGCGUAUAAUUUUAAAGAAAUGUGUUGGAAAGAUGUUCGUGACCAGUUUCGAAAGUGGCGUGAGGACAAUGAGCGUCGGAGUGAUGAAGUAAUACAACUAUGGGAAGCACUAUUGGAAAAUCAUGUGCAAAAAACUGGCAAUGAGAUGCAUCUUAUAUUGGAGCAAGUACUAAUUGCAGCAUUCGACACUUCUCGGUUAGAUAUUGCUGGGAAAUGCAUUGAAACACUAAACAUAGAAUUUCCUGAAAGUAUGAGGGUUAUGAAGUUUGAGGCUAUGCGCUUAGAAGCUUUGCAGAUGUAUGAGGAGGCAACUGAUUUGUUAGAUGAAAUUAUUUCGAAAGAUGAAACAAACGCUGCUCCCCGUAAGCGCAAAAUAGCUAUUUUAAAAGCAAGGGGAUUUAGAUCGGAAGCAAUUAAAGAUUUAAGUGAAUAUUUAAAAACGUUUAUGUCUGAUCAGGAAGCUUGGCAUGAGUUAUGUGGACUAUAUUUGGCAGAAGGGGACUACUCCAAAGCGGUUUUCUGUAUGGAAGAACUUUUACUACAUAAUCCACACAGUCAUCUAAUUCAUCAGCGAAUUGCAGAAAUCCGUUAUACAAUGAAAAUAACACAAUGCAACCAUUUUCCGGUUAAAAGUCGGCCAUCUUGGACUCCAAUAGAAACUCAACCCCGGACUCCCCUUGACGUUUCUACAGUGGCACCUCUCAGCUGUGGCUUUGUUUACAUAACAUCAGUUGAUAGUGACUCUACUCCUCCUCUACCGUGGAAAAAACUAUUGAAACACUAGGUUGUAAAAUCCUCAAAACUAGUGAAAAAGUGGUGAUCUCGCCAUAAACUUCUGCAGAUUCUAACCACUUUUCCCCUCAUACGUAUGUAUACAUAUAUUUCUGCUGCGCUCAUUCAGCAGUAUCUUAUAAAUUUUAUAUGUAUGUAAAAAUAUAGCUGAACUGCUCUAAUUACCCUAAUCGUCGGCURAUGCAGGGU